CGGAGUGAGGGGGUCCACAGAAGACCCAGUCUCUGCAGGGAAUAUGAGCUCGUUUAACUCUGUCUUACUGGAAAUUUCCAACCAGCUGACCAAGGAGAAGCUGGACAUGAUGAAGUAUCUGUGUGGCGACAUUAUCAAGAAAAGGGAUCAGGAAAGUAUCGAUAGCGGCUUCAAACUGUUUCAAAUCCUGACGGAGAGACAGAAGCUGGCAGAGGACAACACGGAGUUUCUGUCCAAACUCCUCCUAGAUAUUAAACGGGAGGAUCUGUCGGAGAAAUUAAACAACUUUCAGAGUCAGCCAGAGUCUGAACAGCCGGCCAAAGAGAGAGACGAACUGGACAUCGCCACACAGGUGAUUGCAGAGCAUCUCGGGAGGAAUUGGCGUAAGCUGGGCCGCAAACUGGGUUUGACAGACCCAAAGCUGGAGUCUAUCUCCAAAAAGUAUCCCACAGACCUGGAGGAGACGGCGCUGGAGCUUUUAAAGGUGUGGAGGAAGAGUCGAAAAGCUGAAGCCCGGGAAGAGGAUCUGAUUAAAGCCCUGAGAGAGUGUCAGCUCAACCUCACUGCUGAUAAAGUGGAGGAUAAACUUGCAAAUCGUUGAUAUUGAUGAUUGAUAAAAAUUUGGGACAGAAAUGAAAGCUGUGAGUAAAGAAAUCAACUAUAGUAUAAGGGAAAUUAUAGGUAGAUGUGUUCAAUGUUGCCAAAAAAAUUAUCUUUGUUGAAGGUUAGCCCUCAGCUUUCUGUAUAUUACAAAAUAUGCACCAGAAAAUGUUCAUAAAGAGCUGAACCGAGUUGUCUUCUCAAUCCUGUCAGCUAAUAUUGUUUAUGCAACAUGUUUUUAUCAACAGAUGAAAACAGAAAAUGAACCAGCUGAUACUUUGUGUUAUCACAAUGAUCAUACAAAUGCAGAAUUUAUCUAUAUAGUUUUAUAGUUUAUCUGAGAGGCUCAUCAAACUCUAACAAACACUUUUGACCAUUCUAGAAAAUGUUUGUUGUACCUUCAAGAAAUCAUUUUUUGUACUACACUGUAUUAAAAU